AUGGCUGGACAUAACAAAUGGUCUAAAAUUAGGCAUAAAAAAGCUGCAAAUGAUGCUAGUCGAAGCAAUGCUUUCAGUAAAAUUAUCCGAGAUGCAACGCAUGCCGUUAAAGAAGGAGGACCUGAUCCUGAGUCUAAUUAUCGUCUUGCAAGCUGUAUCUCACAAGCAAAAUCCAUCAAUAUGCCCAAGGCGACGCUCGAAUAUGCCAUUAAAAAUGCUGCAGGCGAAAAUAAUGAUGUGGCCACUGAUCAAGUACUUUAUGAAGGUCGGGGCCCUGGCAAUGCUGCCUACCUUGUUGAAGUUCUGACCACCAAUCGUAAUCGAACGCGUUUACAAGUCAAGCAGAUAUUUACCAAAUACGGAGGGUCGCUCGCUGAUCCUAAUUCUGUAAUAUUUCAAUUUUCUCGAAAAGAUGCCUUCGAACUGGCAAUUGAGAUUGGAGUAGAAGAUGUCAAGCAAGUAGAAUUUAACGACCAAGAUUGCAUUCAAUUCGUAUGUGAAGUGAGUAGACUUAAUUCCUGUAGUAAAAGUCUACAACUCAUGCAGCUGGAGCCGGUAUCUGCAACACUCGAAUAUUUACCGCAAGCACCGAUUACGCUAUCCAAAUCAAAAUUGGAUCAGGCAUCGAAAUUAGUUGAAGAAUUAAGCGACCAUGACGAUGUAAUUCGUGUACAUGAUAAUAUCUCUAUUUCAGGCUAA